GGCUGGGCCGGGCGCGUGGGAGCCAGGAGGGGGUUAAUGCUAACCCCUCCCCCCGGGCUGACAUCACGGGAGAGCGGGUGAGAGGCUGGAUCGGCGAGUGAGAGAAAGAGAGGGAGAGGAGAGAGCGCGGCUCGCCUCGGCACUGGGGCAGCUCCACAUUGUUGCGGAUCGCCCGCACCGAGCACAGCGGCCGCGGUGGGGACCCGUGGCGCACCCGGCUCGCUCCUCCGAGACCGUGCAGCCCCGAGCCCCGCUGGCUGCUGGCCGCCCUAGCCGCACACCACCGCCUGGGCCCCGAGCCCUCCGCACCGCCCGGCCACCCUCGGAGAACAGCCGGCCAUGGACGCCUGCAAGUUGGAGCCGAGCGGGAGGGUGUGAGCGCGCCCAGGGCCGGGAGCCUGCGCCGCGCUAGCCCGGUAGCCGGGCGCGCCGGGGGUGGGUCCGUCUCCCCAGCCCGGCUUUGCGUGGAAGAAGAGGGCGGGGACCGGGACGAGGAGAAGAGCGGAGGAGGCGAAGGGGGCAUGACUCGUGCAACUUACUGCGGGCAUCUGCCGAGGCUCUGAGCCGGCGGCAGCCGGGGCCCGGAUUGCGGCCGCGCGGAUCCCACCCAGCCCACCCCACCCCGACCGACGGCUGCGGCUGACCUGGAUCCUCCGAGCGCCCGCCAACCGCCAGCGAUCCGCCCUCGUCUUCCAGACUGGUUUCUGGAGCGCGAGGAGCGCCCUCCUGGCAGCCCCUUUCGCCGGACCCCCACCCCCCGAUGGCUCGGAUGGGGCUUGCGGGCGCCGCUGGACGCUGGUGGGGACUCGCUCUGGGCUUGACCGCCUUCUUCCUCCCAGGCAUUCACACGCAGGUGGUGCAGGUGAACGACUCCAUGUAUGGCUUCAUCGGCACAGAUGUGGUACUGCACUGUAGCUUUGCCAACCCGCUGCCCAGUGUGAAAAUCACCCAGGUCACAUGGCAGAAGGCCUCCAAUGGCUCCAAGCAGAACAUGGCCAUCUACAACCCGACAAUGGGUGUGUCCGUGCUGCCUCCCUACGAGAAACGAGUGGAGUUCCUGCGACCCUCCUUCAUCGAUGGCACCAUCCGCCUCUCCAGUCUGGAGCUGGAGGACGAGGGCAUGUACAUCUGUGAAUUUGCCACCUUCCCUACAGGCAACCGUGAGAGCCAGCUCAAUCUCACUGUGAUGGCCAAACCCACCAACUGGAUCGAGGGCACCCGGGCGGUGCUUCGAGCCAGGAAGGGACAGGAUGACAAGGUCCUGGUGGCCACCUGCACCUCAGCCAAUGGGAAGCCCCCCAGUGUGGUGUCCUGGGAAACACGGCUAAAGGGCGAGGCAGAGUACCAGGAAAUUCGGAACCCCAACGGCACUGUGACAGUCAUCAGCCGUUACCGCUUGGUGCCCAGCAGGGAGGCCCACCGGCAGUCCUUGGCCUGCAUCGUCAACUAUCACCUGGAUCGCUUCAGGGAGAGCCUGACGCUCAAUGUGCAGUAUGAACCUGAGGUGACCAUCGAGGGCUUUGAUGGCAACUGGUAUCUGCAGCGGACAGAUGUGAAGCUCACGUGCAAAGCAGACGCUAACCCGCCAGCCACUGAGUACCACUGGACCACGUUGAAUGGCUCUCUCCCCAAGGGUGUAGAGGCCCAGAACAGGACCCUCUUCUUCCGGGGACCUAUCACCUACAGCCUGGCAGGAACCUACAUCUGUGAGGCCACCAACCCUAUUGGCACCCGAUCGGGCCAGGUGGAGGUCAAUAUCACAGAAUUCCCCUACACCCCGACUCCUGAACACGGGCGGCGCGCGGGGCAGAUGCCCACAGCCAUCAUUGGGGGCGUGGCAGGAAGUGUCCUGCUGGUGCUGAUUGUGGUUGGAGGGAUCAUAGUGGCCCUGCGCAGGCGCCGGCACACCUUCAAGGGUGACUACAGCACCAAGAAGCACGUGUACGGCAACGGCUACAGCAAGGCAGGCAUCCCGCAGCAUCACCCGCCCAUGGCACAGAACCUGCAGUACCCGGAUGACUCGGAUGAUGAAAAGAAGGCCGGCCCGUUGGGCGGGAGCAGCUAUGAGGAGGAAGAGGAGGAGGAGGGCGGUGGAGGAGGCGAACGCAAGGUGGGCGGCCCCCACCCCAAAUAUGACGAGGACGCCAAACGGCCCUACUUUACUGUGGAUGAGGCUGAAGCCCGUCAGGACGGCUAUGGGGACCGGACUCUGGGCUACCAGUACGACCCUGAACAGCUGGACUUGGCUGAGAACAUGGUUUCUCAGAACGACGGGUCUUUCAUUUCCAAGAAAGAGUGGUAUGUGUAGCCCCGCCUUCUGGAGCCUCUGUCUGCGCCCACUUCUCCCUGGCCCCUACCCGCACGCCCCCUGCCCACCCCCCCACAGCCCACUGCCCCAGGAGCUCCACAGAGACUUGACCAGCUGCCCUAAACCAGCCCCUGGGGAGCCAGGGGAGCUUAGGGCAGACCCCACUUGGCUUCGUUUUUUGUUUUGUUUUUUUAUUUCCUCCCUCACCCACCCUUCCCCCUGGUGUUGUGUUCGACCGUGGCUUUGGUGUUGCUGUAUCUUUCCUUUAAGGACCCCUUCCACUGCCCUAUGUGUAGGGAGCCCUGUUCUUGUCUUGUGUACUUGGGCAUCCCUCCAGGGUUUGGGGAGCCAGUCCUCUCCCACCCCACCCCCCACCCCUCCAACACUGGAAUUUGUUUGUGUUCUCUUCGUUGGGAAUGGAGGGCAAAGGGAGCUUCGAGAUGAAGAGCACCCUCACCCCCACCCGAUAUGCUGCUCCUCUUCCCAGAGAGAUGUACCCCAAGUCCCCACUAAGCUGAUGCAGCCAGGGCACCUAAGGGGUUUUAGAGGAGUUCUCUGUGGUACCCAGGGGAGUCUUGUGUGGGAAAUAAUGGAGCUGAGGGUUCUGCUGGGGUCCUGGGCAGUGUGUUUUCCUGGUGAGGGUGGUUUUAUGUUUUCUUUAUUUUCUUUCUGCCCCCCGCCCCCAAAUGGAGUUGGUGUAGCUCUCGUAUACCCUCAUCUCUGUUACGCCCCGUCCGUUCUGUACACAGUGGGUGACCCCAGGUGGAUGCCACCCACGGUUCCUAUAUGCCUCUGCCAACAUAUGCACACAUAUCCAUACACACAUCCCUGGGCCUAUGCCAAUCUCUCACGCCCUGCCCAGGCUGAACACUGCCCGAGGGCCCAACCCUCUGCUCCACCUCUUACCCGUUCCCAGGUCAGGAAGGGAUCAGCCCACAGAAGCAUUCAGAGUCAGCCAGGAUGGACCUCCCGUACCCAUCCCCCACCCCCAAAGCCACUCUUAAGAUUUCAGUGUAGCUCCGACCUUUCCUGACGAUGUACGCGUCUCUCAGAUUUCUCCUUAUCUGUCGAGUGCUAGCAACACUUGACUCUUCUGGAAAGUCAGGGUUGGGAAUCCCAGGAAGGAAUGCGAGGCAUGGACGAGGCACGGAAGUGUUGAUACUGAGAAGGCUUGCUUUGUGGAAGCUCUCCAAACACAGUCUGGUAGACCGAAGGGGGACUGCUAGCGUCUCAUAUGGGAAGGCUCGGAUCACAAAGAAAGUGCAGGGGCACCGGGGGCCUGCUGCAUAUCCACAGUCUGACCUCUGCUCACUUUCUCCUGGUGCCAGGCUGGCAAGACGACCAUGUGGAAGGGCCUUUGUGUGUAGACUCCCUCUUUGAAUGGGAUGCUGGCUUCAUCAGCCAUUCGGGGCUGGGCCUUCCCUUGAGUGCAUGGAAAAAGGUCCCCCCACACCCCAGCCCUCUGUCCCCAAGCUCAAAGUGCCUCAGUUUCUCCAUCUGUGCCCCCAGAUUACCCUCAUUCUAAAUGGGCAUGCCUAGGGCCUGCCAACUCAGCCCUAGGUGACACUCGCUGAGGGAUCACAAACAUUGGGGAGAGGGAGGCAGACCAUUCUGUGCCCCACGGGCACUGACCCACCCUUGCCAUAGGCUUCCUAAGGGAGCCCCAGCCCACACCCCACUCCUCCCUGGUGCUGCUAUUGAGUUCCCAGUCCAAGCGCCAUCUCUGGCACCCCCUCAGCCCACCAGCUGGGGCUCUUCUGCCCGGCCCUCGCUGCCCUAGUCCCAGCCCAGGCCGCCCAGUAGCCACGUAGCAGAAGUUUGAAGCCAUGCCAGCCCUGGGACGGCUCUCCCCUCUUGGCAUUGGGGACACUGGAUGGGGUGAAGUUAGGGGAGAAAAUUCUGGGGCCUUUCUAGCCACAGGGCGGAGGAAGAUGGAGGAGCUGGGCUACUUCUCCCAGAAGUAUUAGCGUCCUUCCCAUGUCAUGGUUCGUCCUGUUCCUCAUGCCACUCUGUCCCUCUGCUUGGUUCCCUUCCCCACCCCACCCCCCAAGGCAGGAGGCAAAACCCUGACUGCCCCAUUGGGGUAUUUCUGUCCCUAUGGGGCCAUAAGACUAAAAGACUCACCCUCCCGAGUCUCUCUCACCUUUCACCGUCAUCCCCUAUCCCUUGUCUUGUGAUGGAUCGAGGAGGCCCUGGGCCUGGACAAAACACCUGCUCCCUGUACAAACUUGCACGCCUUUCCCCCAAGCAAAGCACAAUUUAUAGAGUCCAUGCAGCAGGAUCUAGGAUCCCCAGCCGCAGCACCGAGCGCUUCCAGGCGGCUGCCACCUGGGCUAAGAGAGGAGGACAUGAGUCAGGGGUCAGGGGUCGGUAGCUGGGCCCAAGGAGGAGGGGCUUUUGCUUGCCCUGUGUUUGCGGACAGAGCCAGCUGACAGAGUGACAGAGCGAAGGGCAUUCUGCUUCACCUUCAUGCCCUCAACACAGCUGAGCUUUUCUGCCAGACUGCAGAGAGUAAACUUGGUGUUACCUGCCCAGACCCCUCCGGAUGUCAUCCCUAGCUGCCCUCCCCCUCCUGUCCCUCCCCUGCCUCUGGACCCCUGUUUCCCUACAGAUUUUGGUAUUGUUCUGGUGUGCAACAACCCUCUGAGUCUCUUUUACCAGAAGGACCUGAAAAACAGCAACACACAAUCAGUGAACACAUGCCCAGCACACCGACACACGCCUUCCACAGACCAAGCACAGGUUUUGUGUGUGUGUGUGUGUGUGUGUGUGUGUGUGUGUAUACACGCACAAGUACACACAUAAGAAAUGAGAAACCCAUACUAAUGCCCUGGGAAGGCACACCCUCUGCCAGCCACCCCAGCGUGCCCCCGUCACUGGUGCAAUAACCUUCCUGCCAUCGUCCAGGUGGGAGCCCAGCAGACACUGCAUCCCUUGCCUGGGAGGAGGGGGGGUGCUCCCAGGCCUCUGGGGGUCCAGGUAGAGACUUCCCCAAGCCUAACUGCCAACUGAAACCCUCCCCUGGUGAGGGCAGGUGGCUCCAGCUGACCCGGGCCGGAGACACCCAGAGGUGAGGAACCGGCCCCACUGAUGCUGCUUUCUGACCCCAGCUGUGAG